AUGCGCUGCGGCGGCGGCGGCGGCGCGGUGGCCUCGCCGGAGCCCAGCGCCAUGGCCGUGGCCUCGCAGACAUGUGGAAAGUGGCGUCCAGAUGAAUCACAGAGACCUGAAAUUGAUAAUGCUCCCAUUUUCACUCCAACUGAAGAGGAAUUUAAGGAUCCAAUUGGGUACAUUGCUAGCAUUCGUCCGCAGGCAGAAAGAUAUGGAAUUUGUCGUAUUAUCCCACCAUCUUCUUGGAAACCUCCGUGUCCUCUGAAGGAGAAGAGUUUCUGGGAAACUACAGAGUUCAAUACUCGAGUUCAACAAGUUGACAAGCUUCAAAACAGGGAGCCCACAAAGAAAACAACACAAUCUCGAGUUCAGAGGAAAAGAAAGAGAAGAAAGAGACUGAGGUUUGGGAUGACACACAGGCGUCCUAGUUCGAGUGAGGACUCCGAAGAGAAAUUUGGCUUUCAAUCUGGGUCUGAUUUCACGUUAGCGGAGUUUCAGAAAUACGCUGAUGGGUUCAAGCAGGAAUAUUUUGGAAUGAAAGGGAGUGAUGAAAUUUCCAUUUCUGAUAUUAGAAACCACAUAAAAAUAUGGGAACCAUCAGUGGAGGAAAUUGAGGGUGAAUAUUGGCGGAUAGUCGUAGGGUCAACUGAUGAAGUUGAGGUGGAUUAUGGUGCUGAUUUGGACACUGCAACGUUUGGUAGUGGUUUUGUUAAAGUAUCUUCUUUGGAUGGAAAUAAGCAAGAUCCAUAUGGUUUGUCUGGUUGGAACUUGAAUUUUCUGCCACGGCUGCCAGGCUCUGUUACCUCAUUUGAAGGCGAGGAUAUACCUGGUGUUGUAGUUCCAUGGCUUUAUGUAGGAAUGUGCUUCUCUUCAUUUUGCUGGCAUGUUGAAGACCAUUUUCUUUAUUCUCUGAAUUACAUGCAUUUUGGUGAACCGAAAGUUUGGUAUGGUGUUCCCAGUGGUGAGGCAGUAAAGCUGGAAGAAUCUAUGAGAAAAAACUUACCCAAACUGUUUGAAGAACAGCCUGAUCUACUUCAUGAGCUGGUUACACAGUUAUCUCCAUCUGUUCUAAAAUCAGAAGGAGUUUCUGUUUACCGAGCUGUUCAGAAGUCAGGCGAGUUCGUUCUGACACUACCGAGAGCAUACCAUUCUGGAUUCAACUGUGGUUUCAACUGUGCGGAGGCUGUAAACGUCGCUCCUGUGGAUUGGCUGCCUCAUGGACAGUGUGCUGUUGAGCUCUAUAGAGAGCAGCGUCGCAAGACAUCAAUAUCACAUGACAAGUUAUUACUCAAGGCUGCAAAAGAAGCUGCCAGACAACUUUGGAUGAAUCACAAAAGUGGUAAGGGAGAAUACAGAUGGCUGAACACCUGUGGAAAGGAUGGAGUCCUGACAAGUGCAAUUAAGACAAGAAUUAAAAUGGAGGGUGCUGCAUGGGAGGUGAAUGCUCCUCUGAAAAGUAAGAAGAUGGACAAGGACUACGAUUCCACUGACCGGGAGUGUUUUUCAUGCUCCUAUGAUCUGCACUUGUCUGCUGUCAGUUGCCAGUGCAGACCUAACCGCUUUGCUUGCUCAAACCAUAUAAACCUUCUUUGUUCAUGCGGAAUGGACAGGAAAACUGCAUUCUUUCGAUAUAGCAUGGAGGAGCUUAAUACUCUUGUAGCAGCUCUGGAGGGUGAUCCGGCUGCUGUUUGUUGGUGGGGACAGGAUAACAGGACCACCUAG